UUCCGCUGCUCUCUCUCUCCCCGUGCGAGGUGAGUUUCUCCUCCCCUGAGUACCUCGACUUGACGACUUUGUACUGGCAAGAAACCGCAAGAGUUGUAGAAGCUUCCAGAAGCCUCCCGAAGCUUCGCUAUGCAGCCCAUCAAGGUGUACGCCGACCGGCGGUCGCAGCCCUCCCGUGCCGUCAUCAUCUUCUGCAGGGUGAACCAGAUCGAUUUCGAGGAGGUCACGGUGGAUCUGUUCAAGGCUCAGCACUUCACCCCUGAAUUCAAAAAAAUAAACCCUAUGGGACAAGUGCCUACAAUUGUUGAUGGAAGAUUCAAACUGUUUGAAAGUCAUGCCAUUUUGAGGUAUCUUGCAUCGGUGUUCCCGGGAGUUGCAGAUCACUGGUAUCCUGCCGAUUUGUUUACCAGAGCCAAAAUUGAGUCAGUCUUGGAUUGGCAUCACUCAAAUUUGCGUCGUGGUGCAGCAACCCUUGUACAGCACACUGCAUUGGCCCCUUUUUUUGGUCUCACACCAAGUCCUGAGGCUGCAAAACAAGCAGAGAAACUGCUGAUGCGGUCACUGAGAAGGAUCGAAACUGUAUGGCUGAAAGGUGACGCAAAGUUCUUACUAGGUUGCCCGCAGCCAUCAAUUGCAGAUCUGAGCCUUGUUUGUGAGAUAAUGCAAUUGGAGAUCCUUGGUGAUGAUAUACGUGACAGAUUUCUGGGAGCUCAUGAGAAGAUCCUCAUUUGGAUAGAUAAUGUGAAGAAAGCCACAAGUCCUCAUUUUGAAGAAGCCCAUGAGCUCCUUUUUCAAGUGAAGGCACGCAUGCAAAGCAAGGCUGCUGCUGCUGCACCAAACCAGGGUUCUGAGCCCAAAAUCACAUCGAAGCUCUGACCGAUUGCACUAAAAGAAGAGUCAAGGGUUCUGAUUGUUCUUGUUCUAUCCUCGAAAGGGGAAGAUACUUAGUAAGAAUAUAUAUUUACUAGUUAUUUGCUCGUGUGUUGCAAAAAGAGAAAUAAUGAAGAAAGAAAGCACAAGACAAAAAUUGUUGUGUGAACAUGUCAAACUUAAUUAGAAGAUCACCCUUCUAAGAUGAUAUAUCAUUGUUCACAUUUCAUAUAUGAAAUUUCGAAAGAUAAAUGAGUACAACAUAUUAGUUAUUU